GUUGAGAGAGAUUUAGAGAGAGAAGUCAAGAGCAAAACGUCUGUGAUAAAAGCUGGAACAAAAUUCUCUCUGUAGAAGAAGAAGAGGUUAGCCAUGGAGGACUCGCAAAAACAAGAGUCCCCAUCUGUCUUGAAAGUCCUCGAAGCUCUCAAACAAGCUUCCCACGACUUACAAACCAAUCCGAGUCUUGACUCGAACGAUUCCAACUCGUCCUCCAUUAAAGCUCUGCUAGAGCUCGAGACCGAGUCCGACAACAUCCUUUCCAAGGACCCAAAUCUCUCUACUCUAUCCAAACACCUCUCGCACCUCAAAGCUCUGGUUCAGUCCCUCCAAAGCUCCCGUGCCCACCACGGACUCACCUCGUUCCUCACUCGCCGACUCACGACUCACUCCCUGUCCCGAGUCGCCGCCGCUAUCGAGUCCGAAAUCCAGUCCUGGAUUGACAGAGAGAGCGUCGAGAGUCUCAGCCGGUGUCUGCGAGAACCGUCUCAGCACAACGAGGACGAACUGGUGAAGCUCUUGACUCAGUUCGAGGACCGAGUCUCCGAAGGGUUCAAUCGCGAGUUGCAAGACUUGAUACUGAAAUCGAAGCUGUUUUCUUCUCUGGAAUCGGUUCUCUGUCACCCUAACUCUUCCGUCGCCAUGACGAUUCGGGAGCACUCGGCGAUGGCCAUCUCGGCUCUGAUUCGAUUCAACAAAGACGUGUUCGUCGGUCAAGUGUUGAUGGGUCAGACCAUAAAAGCUCUGAUCACAACAAUGGCGUCCGCAAACUCGAUCGGAGUACUCUGUUCUCUGAUUCGUUCGAUCAAGUCCCCAAUAGUCGACGAGAUCGAAUCCAACGGCCAAAUCCCCAAAAUCAUAAGCUUUCUGAGCAGCCCAGACCUCCAAAUCCGAGUCUUGGCAUUCGACUGCGUCCUCGAAAUCGGUUACUUCGGGCGCAAGGAGGCCAUUGACGCCAUGCUCGAGCAAGACCUGAUAAGAAAGCUGGUUGAGUUGCAGAGAUCGGAGCUGGGUGGGGAUUUGAUCGAUCUGGGUAUGUUCGAAAUGGACGAAGAAGACGGUGAAAGUGAAAAUGAGAAUGAGAAGAGAAAAGUCAGCGUUGGUGGAGUUCAGAGGAGGAGGAGAGAGAGUAGCAGAGAGAAGAGGUUUAUGGCGAGUCAUCCAUUUGCGAGCUGUGUAGCUAGGUUUUGGGUACAGUUAGAGGUAGGAGAAGGUCUGAGACAGAGAGAGAAGAGAGCUUUGAAGCAAUUGAUUUUGGUUAGAGUGAGAGAAGCCUCUGCUUCUGAUGCUGAAGCUGCCACCAUUGUUGCAGAGGUCUUAUGGGGUUCUUCUCCUUAGAAAUUCCCAAAAAGAAGAGGAAAAAAAUAGAGCUAAAUUCAUUAUAUUUUUGUUUUUAGAAUUUUAUUAGAUUGUUCUUUAUUUAUGUGAAGUUAAUAUUUGUACAUAUUUUUAAAAGUUUAUAUGUUUGUUCAUAGUUGUAAAUUAUUUUCUAGAACAUUCUUUUAUGGUGCAAAGAUUGAAUGAAGGAAUAAAAGAAAGAAAGAAGCAAAUUUUGAUGA